AUGCGUCAUCGGCUUUUGCCUGGAACCUUUCUCCGCUUUUUCAGUGAUCGACGCAGUUCCCAGUCCCCCGGGUUGUGCUUAGUCUCUUCUCCAAGUCUAUAUCAACAUGGCCAACCAAUGUUCCGGCCACGUCUUUGCCAUUGUCCAGGCUACCAAUGGCAACAUCUUGACCUGGCGCUGUUCCGACUGCAAUUCUGGACCAUUUGCGGAAUCUACGAGACGUCUGCAUUUCCCUUCUAG